AUGAGGAAUUUUUGUCAGAAAUUAGCCAGCCUAAAAAAAGAUCCCGAAGUUAUUCCCAUGAGAGUUAAUGCUUCAAAGAUUGAAAUAAUUGAAUUAAAACUGGAACCACUCCCCGCUAUGCUCGAUGACAGGAAAGCAGCGCGGAUCUUGAGAUUGACUGCCUUAACAGAAUAUGCAAAUUGCCGAGCUUUCGAUAUGUUCACCUCAAUUGAUGCUCUCUUACAAAACGAGAGUACUAUAGUCAACAGUAGCACCGGAGGCUGUCAGCUUACCGCCACAACUAUUGCUACUGCAGCAGCAUUUGAGAAUUGCCGGAGAAAUUACGCAGAAGUUGUCCAAAAUAUUGAUACCAGCAGAAGUAAUGAGGAUCAUCUUACUUUUGAUACCAGAAAUUCUCAAAUGUUGUCGGGAAAGCUAUCACACUGCAACACCUUAUCUGAUAUGGGAAGUAAGCAUGCUGGUACAUCUUUAUCCCCAUCUUCUGCAUCGUUUUUGUUUCCAUCAGUAUCGGCAACGACAUCAUCAUUAUCGUUACCAACAUCAUCAUCAUUAUCAAAAUCAUCCAUUCCUACAACUUCUAUAACAAAGCCAGCAUCAUCAUCAUUAGCAGCGGCCACAGCAGUAGCACCGAUGAUAAGAGACCAUUUGCCAUAUUCAUCUGUUUUUCAAGCGGCUAAUAUCCCAUUACUGUAUGAUCAUUUAGCUUUAACAAUAAAUUUACUUUUGCUAGCAAUUGCAGUAAAUGCUUGGCAAACUUUGGGCAAGAUACGACGACCGCGAACAGCUUUUACAACUGAACAACUCAUUGAACUUGAAAAAAACUUUGCACAAAACCGCUACUUAUCGCGACCUAGGAGGUAUCAAUUGGCUCAAGAAUUGCAUUUAUCCGAGACCCAAGUGAAAAUAUGGUUUCAGAACAGACGUAUGAAAAACAAAAGAUCUGCAAGUGGGAUGUUAAAUCUAAAUGAAAACCCAAACCACGUCUGA